UAAGAAAAUGAGUUGUGAUGUCGUGCAGCAUUUUAAGUUAGUCAACCAGGCGUUAGCAUAGCUCCUCCUCUGCUCAUCAUCUACUACCUUCUCCAACGCCUUCUUCCUCUCUCUCUGUGACCAGAUAAAUUAGUGAUCGGUUGAACCCACUGCUAUUGAAGACCUUUUUUUUGGGUAUGCAAGUCAAGACAGAGACCACAACUCACAAGAGAAAAUACAGCAGCAAACUGGUUCAGUAAUGGCAGAGACUUCAGUGAACAUUGUCAUUGACAAGUUGGUUCCACUGUUAAGGGAAGAAAGGAAUUUGUUGAGAGGCAUCCAUGACGACGUUACAAGUAUAAAAGAUCUCCUAGAGAGCAUGACAUCUUUCCUAAAGGAUGCGGAUGCAAAAGCAGAAAGGGCAAACAUGAGCAGCGGUGUCAAAACUUGGGCGAAGCAAACAAGGGAGAUGGCCACUCACAUAGAAGAUGUCAUUGAUGAAUACCUACGUCACGUAGCACACCGUCGGAACAAACGUGGAUUGAUUGGUUUUAUUCUUAAAACCAAUCACUUUGUUAGAGGGCUAUUUGCACGCCACGAGAUAGCCUCGGAGAUUCAACUUAUCAAAAAACGUGUCCUCCAAAUCCAGCAAACAAGUGUAGCAUAUCGCUUCAAUUCAACAGAGCAAACUUCAUUUAGCUCUUCAAGGAAAGAUAAUAUGUUAUUUGACCCGCGAAUAGCGUCACUAUACACAGAGGAAGCUGAACUCGUUGGUAUUCAGACUUUGAGAGAUAAACUGAUAGGUUGGUCGAUAGGAGGAGAGGUAGCAUCUAGACGCUCGGUCAGUUCAUUGGUUGGCAUGGGAGGUCUGGGAAAGACAACUCUUGCAAAGAAAGUCUACGACAACCAAAGGUUCACAGAAUGGUUUGAUUGGCGCGCUUGGAUCACAGUGUCACAAUCAUACAAGAACGAAGACAUACUCAGAAACAUGAUUGCAGAAUUCCACAGGGUGAGGAAGGAGUCUGUACCAGAGGGAAUUGAAACAAUGGAUUUGAAAUUGUUGAUUGACACUCUGCGAGAAUAUCUCAAGGAAAAGAGAUAUGCAGUCGUUUUUUAUGAUGUGUGGAGCACAAACUUGUGGGAGUGUGUAAAGCUUGGAUUACCCGAUAACAACAAUGGCAGUAGGAUAAUUAUCACAACUUGCAAGAGUGAGGUUGCUGCUUCUUGCAGAGAAGCUUUUUCUGAUCAAGUGUACAACCUUGAACCAUUGUCUCCAGAUAAGGCGUGGGAACUCUUCUGCAAGAAGACAUUCCGAGUUUCCGGGGGAUAUUGUCCACCAGAGUUGAACAAAUUUGCUACUACAAUAGUUAGCAUAUGUUAAGGAUUGCCUCUUGCAAUUGUGGCUAUAAGUGGACUUCUACAAACCAAAGGCGGGGAUGUGUCUCAAUGGAGAAAAUUGCUUGAUAGUCUUAACUCAGAACUGGAGUCUAAUCCUAUUUUGACAAAUAUUACAAAAAUUCUUUCUUUUAGCUAUUAUGAUUUACCAUACCAACUCAGACCUUGCUUCUUAUACUUUGGGAUAUAUCCAGAAAAUCGCACCAUCAAAUGCUCUAGACUGAUUGGGCAAUGGAUCGCUAAAAGGUUUAUAAAGGAGCAGAGAGGGAAAAUAUUGGAAGAUGUUGCGGAAGAAUACUUGACCAAACUUAUCCAAUGAAGCCUAGUUCAAGUGUCACUAGUUGAUGAUUUUAGUGGGAAACUGAGACAAUGUAAAGUCCAUGAUGUCACGCGGGAGGCCGUGAUCCUUUUAAGGACUGAAGAUAUGAGAUUUUCUCAAUUUGUGGAAGAAGAUUCAAGAUUCAACAAAAAUUCCAGGCACCUGUCUGUUUAUAGCAAUGCAUACAAUAUUUUUGGUAGCAUCGAAAACUCUCGUGCCCAUUCCUUGUGUUUUUUCAAUGGCAUAGGUGACCCACAAAAUCCUCUUACUACUUGUAGCAACUUGUACAAAAGAUUCAAGCUGUUGAGAGUACUGGACUUUGAAGAUAGUCUUCUUGACAAUCUUCCUGAGGAAGUUGGAUACAUGUACCACUUGAAGUAUUUGAGCUUGAGGAAUACAAGAGUGAAGAUUCUUCUGAAAUCCAUGGGGAAGCUUGUGAACCUUCAGACUCUAGAUUUGAAGCAUUCCUAGUCCAUCAAUUACCAAUUGAAAUCAAUAAGCUUCCUAAACUUAGAAGUCUUUCAGCAUACACUGAGGACACCAACAAAGAGUGUAGUUUGACUAGACGACGAGCUGUGGUGAUUCAGGAUGGGAUCGAGUGUUGGGGACACCUGCAAAAGCUAUAUGUUGUGGAGGCAACAGAUAGCCUUGUUAAA